UAUGACCUCUCCGAAGAAUAAAGAAGGAAUCUAUCUAUUUUUUCGGGUGGAAGAAAAUAAGAAAAGCGCUCCCACCACCGCGAUUUUUGGACGCUCCCGUGCUCAGACUGUCACUCCCUAAAUUCUCACACAGUAACGCCCGCUCCCACACGCAACAAUCGUUUUUUCCAGUUCCGGCCGUGGGCUCCACAGAUUUCCGCCGCGGCGCAACGAUCGGGCCGCUUUGCUCUCCUACUAACUUUUCUGCAAACUAUUCAGAAAAGAGGGGGAAAAAAAUCUACUGGUAGCUUGCGUGAUGGAUUAUAAGGGUUUUUUAUUAGUUGGCGUGUGCCCAGCUUUUAAGUGAAGAGGUAUUUGACAUGCGUUGUUAAGUUUGUUAAGUUCGGUGGAGGCUGAAGAAAUUUUGCCUGAACGGUGAGGCAAAUUACGGAUGUGGACAAAUAUCUUCAAGAUUGGUGGUUUGCAUCAGAUAUCAUGGUUUCAGUUUCUUCCUCAUGAAUUUGAUUUCAAUACGCUGCCUGAUAAGAGUGUGAAAGUCGACCAGAAAGAUGCAGCAACACUGGCGGUGCUUUCAGCACAUGUGCAACUGCAGAAGGAAGGGUUUCUCAGCACAUGGACAAAUUCUUUCGUAGGACCCUGGGACCCUUCCCAGGGUUUGCAUAAUCCUGAUGAAAAGAUCAAGCUUUGGCUUUUUCUCCCGGGGCAGCAUUCCUCUAUAGUUGAGAAGGCACAACCUUGUGUUGCUAGAUUGAGAGUUCUUGCAUCUGGACUUUGGGUGGCUCCUGGUGAUUCAGAAGAAGUUGCAGCUGCGCUGUCACAGGCUCUGAGAAACUGUAUAGAAAGAGCUCUCAGAGGGCUUUCAUAUGUACGAUUUGGAGAUGCAUUUUCAAAAUAUCAUCCAUUUACACAGAACGAAGAACUGUUCAGGAGGGGUCAACCUGUGGCUGAGUUUAUUUUUGCUGCAACAGAAGAGGCAAUAUUUGUUCAUGUUAUUGUAUCUGCCAAGCAUGUUAGAGCACUUUCAAGUGGUGACAUCGAACCAUUCCUCAGCAGUUCUUGUAGGCGUUCCACUGACCGAAUUUCAGUUGUUGUCUCCCCUCAUGGAAUGCGUGGGAAACUCACUGGAUGUUGUCCUGGUGAUCUUGUGAAGCAAGUAUAUCUGAGCACCGGGAAGUUUAGAGGUUCAAAUGGAAUUGUAGGUCUUCCCUACCUUGUUGCUCAAGGUUCUGGGUUACCUGGUCAACUGAGGGGACAAAACUGCUAUGUUGAAGUGACCCUUGGUUGCCAUGACAAGGUGGUAAAAAACGUAAACUCACACACUAACUUGUCUCAUACACAUGGUACGGAGUCCCCUCAGACAAGCACCUAGUCUGUGACAAAAUGUUUGUUUAUCCAGCUGAGGCUGUACUCGUUCCAGUUAUGCAAACAUCUUUUGCCAGAUCGUCUCUGAAGAGAUUCUGGCUGCAAAACUGGGUUGGUCCGGCAUUGUCGGGGUCAUCACUUUUUAUGCAUUGCAAUGAUAAGGUAGAUUCAAGGGGUGAAUCUUCUCUUGAACCUAGUGGAACUCGCUCUCAGCAUGGUAAUCGUAGCAGUAGUAACAGUAAUAGUAGCAGCAACUGCAGCAUAAGUAGUUCCUCAAGCGACAGUGAGCCCAAGACCCUGGGAGCAGGUGAUCCUGAGGCAGAUGCAGAUUCUUUAAUGUCCAGACAGUCUGGUUUGUCUUCGUUGGGCCACAUGCAGAACGAUGGCCUCCAGUUGGGUUCUAAAAGGCCACGAACUGGGACAUCAGAAUCAUUCGGCCAGGCAGGCAUGGUUUUAAAUCCUUCGAUGAGUGAUUAUGGUACCAUGGAAGUGAACAACGUGUCCAUUACUGGGGUUGGAACUGAGCAAGUUGGGUCCCAAUGGGGUUGGGAUGAUGAUGAUAGAGGCAUAGGAAUGGAUAUUCAAGCACUGCUGUCAGAGUUUGGUGAUUUUGGUGACUUCUUCGAGAAUGAUGCUUUGCCUUUCGGAGAGCCUCCAGGCAGUGCUGAGUCUCAAGCUCUCAUGUUUCCUCUACCUGAGGGUGGAGAGUUGGUUAGCAGCCCCAGUAAUUCUGUGAUGGAUGUGUCAGGGGAGAUGCUUUUGCCUGUCAGUUUUCCAACCUUUGAUAGUUUUAGCCACCUCCAAGCCCCUACUUCUAUGGAAGAUUUAGCAAGCAAAAGUCAAGAAGCCACAAAGAGCUCAACUUCUGGUCAAGUUACCAGCACUCUGCCAUCAUUUAGUGGCGAGUUUGAUCAUGUUGUGAAGGCUGAAGCACUCAUGACAUUUGCUCCAGAAUAUGGUGGUGUGGAAACCCCUAAGAGUGAGAUAUCCUCAGUCAUUUUCCGAAGCCCGUAUGUCCCAAAAUCUGGCAAAGUGGAUUCUGCUUCCAGCUCAAACAAUUAUGUAUACUCUGCAACACCACCUUCGUCUCCUUGCUGUGAUGGAUCUGAUGAGAAGUCCAUAUUGCCUGCUAGUAUGAAAGCAUGUGCAGAAAGGAAUGACUCUAGUUCUGUUUUGAGAUCAAAGAAAUAUUACACUCAUGUUGAAAGAGGAAGACAGCACAUUGCUGGAAGUAACAACAGCUUUCCUAAAGGUGAGGUUGGAGUGGCAUCUUCUCAAUUUUCUUUUUUUAGUCAAACAAAUGUGGAUCAUGUCUCAAGUAAAGCCAGUGAAGGCUCAGUCAGAGAAGAUAAUUUUCUUCCCACUUCAAGGACCGUCCUUGCCACAGAAAUUGAAUGCCUCAUGUCCCAGACUUCCAUGUGUAGGCUCCGACACACACUGUUGUCUUCUAACAGCCCAUCACCUGCAGGCCUGAGUGGGUUAUCCGGAAAUAGCACCCCUAAUCAGGCCCAUGUUGAUUCUAGCACCAUGAUAGACAAUAUUUCAAUCAAAUCUGAGGUGAAAAAGAAAGAAAUCAUACCAGUAAGGCUGGCUGGUGAUAUAGAUGGAGGAAUACUAGAUGGGCCCUUGAGUGCGCCUGUUGGUGUCUGGCGGCCUGUUGGACUUCCUAAAGUUGCUAAAACAAGUGCCCCAAGUAUGGAAGUUUGUCCAUCCAUACAACAUAAUUCGUUCAUCGAAGAAAGCAUGCUUUCUUAUGGACGACAACCGCUUCAGGAACUUCUUGAUGGCAUUGCAUUACUUGUCCAACAGGCAACUUCAUUUGUCGAUGUGGCUCUGGAUGCUGAUUGUGGUGAUGGUCCUUAUGGCUGGCUUGCACUUCAAGAGCAGUGGAGGCGUGGAUUUUCCUGUGGACCCUCUAUGGUACAUGCUGGUUGCGGGGGACUUUUGGCUUCUUGUCAUUCCCUCGAUAUUGCUGGCAUGGAGCUUGUUGAUCCACUAACAGUUGAUGUUCAGGCGUCUUUGACAAUUAGUUUGCUUCAAUCAGACAUAAAAGCAGCCCUGAAAUCUGCAUUUAGUAGUGUGGAUGGUCCUCUAUCUGUUACUGAUUGGUGUAGGGGCCGUAGCCCAUCCACUGAAGGAAUGACUUGCGAUGGAUUUUCCGCGGAAUCUACUGCAAGUGCAAGUGAAUGUCGCGAUUCUUCUAGUACGGUAACCCUAUCAGUUGGAGAGCCCAUGAGUCCAUCUUUGUCCUCUGCUGGUGGAGUGUCUUGCCUGAAAGCUGAUGGCACCAGAGGGGAUGACGCUGGUACUUCUCUAUCGGAGUUGGAUCAGCAACAUUGCUCACGGUUUCGGCCCACACUUUCCGUUGUUCCAUUUCCUUCCAUACUUGUUGGGUACCAAGAUGAUUGGCUCAAAACCUCAGCUAGUUCCUUACAAGUCUGGGAAAAGGCUCCUCUUGAACCAUAUGCAACCACAAAAAAUAUGAGCUACUAUGUUGUCUGUCCAAAUAUAGAUCCACUGACCACAGCUGCUACUGAUUUUUUUCUGCAACUUGGAACUGUUUAUGAAACCUGCAAGCUGGGAACGCAUGCACCCCAAAGUUUUGGAAAUGAGAUGGAGAUAGAUUCUGGGAAAAUAUCUCCUUCUGGCUUUGUCCUUCUUGAUUGCCCACAAUCAAUGAAGAUAGAGACCAAUAAUGCAUCUAUAUUGGGAUCAAUCAGUGAUUAUUUUCUCUGCCUCUCGAAUGGCUGGGAUCUGACCAGCUAUCUAAAGACUUUGUCCAAGGUUCUCAAAACAUUGAAACUUGGAUCAUCUGUGCCAGUGAAUGCCAAAGAAGGAAAUGGUGGACCAUGCACUGUAGUCUAUGUGGUGUGCCCCUUUCCGGAGCCUCUUGCUGUUCUGCAGACGGUGGUCGAAUCUUCUAUUGCUAUUGGAUCAGUCAUUCGAUCUUCAGAUAAAGAGAGGAGAUCUGGGAUGCAUAACCAAGUAGCAAAAGCCUUGAGCUACCCAGCAGCUGUAGAUGAGUCAUUUUCAAAUGUUUUGACUCUUACAGGAUUUAGCAUCCCAAAGUUGGUAUUGCAGAUAGUGACAGUUGAUGCCAUUUUCAGGGUUACAAGUCCCACUCUAAAUGAACUCAUCAUCCUGAAGGAAAUUGCUUUCACUGUUUACAAUAAAGCUAGACGAAUUUCCCGAGGAGCCUCAGGCGAGACAACACCAUCAUUAGCUGUGCCAGGAAGAUCUCAUUCCGCCUUGAUGCAAAUGGCUUCACCGGUUCCUGGUAUGUGGAAGGACUGUGUUGGUCCUCGAAUUGGAGGACCUCCUCUUCAAAGAGAGAGUGAACUUGACGCAAGCUUGAGACCUGGUGCUUGGGAUAACUCUUGGCAAACAGCAAGAAGUGGGGGACUUGGAUGUGAUGCCAACAGAACUGGAGAUGUCUUUCCUCUGGAUGAAAUUCGUUGUUUGUUUGAGCCACUUUUUAUUCUUGCAGAACCUGGUUCCUUAGAGCGUGGACUCUCUCCCUUCUCGGGAAAUAUAGUAGAUUCAGCGAAGCUGCUGUCAGAUGAUUGUGCAAGUACCAGCUUUGUGCAAAGUUCUGCUUCUUCAGGAAGUGGAGAUAAUGGGCCUGUUUCCCAGCCUGACUCCCUGGAUUCAGAUGGUUUUGGAUCUGGCCAUCAAAAAACACUCCCAAGUCUGCAUUGUUGUUAUGGUUGGACUGAAGAUUGGCGUUGGAUGGUGUGUAUAUGGACAGACUCAAGAGGAGAAUUGCUAGACAGUUAUGUUUACCCAUUUGGAGGAAUCAGUAGUCGGCAAGACACCAAGGGUCUGCAAUCCCUUUUUAUCCAAAUAUUGCAACAAGGGUGCCAGAUUCUUCAGGCUUGUUCUCCUGAUGUUGGCAUUGCCAAGCCCAGAGAUCUUGUGAUUACUCGAAUUGGAUGCUUCUUUGAGCUAGAGUGCCAGGAGUGGCAGAAAGCUUUGUAUUCAGCUGGGGGUUCCGAUGUGAAAAAGUGGUCACUGCAGCUGCGGCGAUCCUUCCCUGAUGGAAUAUCUCCUAGUAGCAAUGGGAAUUCUUUGCAGCAGCAGGAGAUGAGUUUAAUGCAAGAGAGAGCACUACCUUCUUCACCAAGUCCAUUGUAUAGUUCUCACCCUAAGGCUUCUGCAUUCAUGAAAGGUGGCAUUGCACAACCUUCCUCCAGGAAGCCGCUAAUGGGUGGGCAUGCAGUGUUGGACAAUUCGAAGGGCUUACUGCAGUGGGUGCAGAGCAUCAGUUUUGUUUCAGUUUCAAUUGAUCAUUCCUUACAACUAGUUUUUCAAGCAGAUUCAACACUUCCUGGGACUAGUCAAGCUAGCACCACGUCAAGCCAGUCUGGCUAUCUUGAAGGAUAUACACCUGUCAAGUCCCUAGGCUCUACAUCUGCAUCCUAUGUUUUGAUUCCUUCACCAAGCAUGCGCUUUCUGCCUCCUGCCAUUCUUCAGCUCCCGACAUGUCUCACUGCUGAUUCUCCUCCUCUUGCCCAUCUUCUACAUAGCAAAGGGUCUGCAAUUCCACUCUCUACUGGUUUUGUGGUUUCAAAGGCUGUACCUUCAAUGAGGAAAGACUACAGGAGCUUGUCAAAAGAAGAAUGGCCUUCAAUUCUUUCUGUUAGUUUGGUUGACUAUUAUGGAGGUAAUAACUUCAACCAAGAAAAGAUAGUUAAGGGUGUGAAUAAGCAGGUUGGAAGGGGUAUGACCUCCGAUGCUAAAGAUUUUGAGGUGGAGACUCACAUGAUUCUUGAAUCAAUAGCAGCCGAGCUUCAUUCUUUAUCGUGGAUGACAGUUAGUCCAGCGUACUUGGAGAGGAGAUCCGCUUUACCAUUCCAUUGUGACAUGGUUUUAAGACUUAGAAGGCUUCUUCAUUUUGCUGAUAAGGAACUCUCUCGGCUUCCAGAGAAGGCACGUGUGUAGGAAAAGGAUCACUGUAACAUACAGGAGCUGUUCCUUGAAGCCCUGAUACUGUGCAUAAUUAGUUGUAGCUUGGAAUUUGCAUAUAGUCAUGCCUGCUGAUUAGCAGCAAACCAUUGGAUUUAUCAUCAGGAUAGAUAAACAGCUGAGUAGACAUUAAUGUUAUAUCGUUGAUCAUGAGGAUAGCCAUAACAGUCAGGAUAGCAUGUAGAUCCACAAGUAGUCAUAGGAGACCUCACAAUGAACUUUGUAAAUAAUGUUUGGAUGUAUCUCACCCAUUUUUGGUAUUGAUUGGUCUGACGGGGUAAAGAUGUAGAAUUUGUUCUGGUCGCUCAAGAAACUUGACCAUUUUAAUCUUGUUACUGCGCCUUCCGUUCUGUUU